UUUUUUGAAGUUUAAUUUUAGCAGAUCCAAUCAGAAUAACAGGAAGUGACCUAAGGAUUCCCACAAUUGGCUAGCUAAACAUUCUAAGAAAUGUUUUAAAAUUAAUAUCACAUCCAUUUAUAUCUUCAUUGCUCUGAGGUUUUUUGAAGUGAUAGCCUGCCACCAACGUUUACCUAACAUCUGGCAGAAUCUGUUUAGACUUUUCACUGCUUCUACUAAAGGAUUUCCCCAACAGAACCAUAAGCUUAAUGAGAUCAUGAUUUUAGAAGGAACUGGCAGAAUGAGUCUUAAUUCCGUCACAAGUCUUCUCCAUGAACAGCCAUCCUGGACAGAUGGAUAUCCCACAUGUAAUGUAUCUGGCAGUUUUUUUGGAACUCAGUGGCAUGAAAUACACCCUCAAUACUGGACAAAAUACCAGGUCUGGGAAUGGCUCCAGCAUCUCUUGGACACCAACCAGUUGGAUGCCUCCUGUAUUCCUUUCCAGGAGUUUGAUAUCAAUGGAGAACACUUAUGCAAUAUGAGUUUGCAAGAUUUCACUCGGGCUGCGGGCACAGCUGGACAGCUUCUUUAUAGCAACCUUCAGCAUCUAAAGUGGAAUGGUCAAUGUGGAAGUGAAAUGUACCCAUCACACAAUGUCAUUGUUAAGACAGAACAAGCAGAUCCAUCUGUAAUGGCAUCAUGGAAAGGAGAGAAUUAUUUCUAUGAUCACGGAUAUGGUGGCACAGUAGAAUUACUGGACAGCAAGGCCUACUGUCGGGCACAGAUUUCAAUCAACACUUCUCCCCAUCAAGUUUCUGAAGAAUCUUCAGAUGUAAAAAACCCACAAGACAACCUUCCAAAAUCCCACAGCAAGAAGCACACUCCUAGAGGAACUCACUUGUGGGAAUUCAUCCGAGACAUUCUCCUGCAUCCUGAGAGGAACCCAGGAUUAAUAAAAUGGGAAGAUCGGACUGAAGGUGUCUUCAGAUUCCUGAAAUCAGAGGCAGUGGCUCAACUGUGGGGAAAGAAGAAAAACAAUAACAGCAUGACUUAUGAGAAACUCAGCCGUGCCAUGAGAUAUUAUUACAAAAGAGAAAUCCUAGAGCGAGUUGAUGGUCGAAGACUGGUAUAUAAAUUUGGAAAGAAUGCCCGUGGAUGGAGAGAAAAUGAGAACUAGAGACAUCUUUAAAAAAAAAAUAUCUACAUUAUGACCAACAAGAAUACCUUGUGGAUGUAAAUAUUUCAAAGACUCUUUUCUUUUAUUUAUGUGCAAAAAUGGAGGGGAGAUCUACUUCUAGCAGGGGAAAGGAACACAUUUGUUUAUUGGUGUUACAGUUAUUUUAUUUGAAGUAUGUCCUUCUGUGGGGAAAAGUGUACACAGUUUUCUGUGACCUAUGAUAGCACUGCAUGAUUGUGUUUGGUGUGCUUUUCUUGUGAAGACUUUCUAUGCCAGGAGAAAUGUGAUUUAUAACAAUGCUGUGAGAGAUGCAUGUAAUGGGAGGAAAUCAUAGGGCAUUACUUUUUACUUAGAAUCUUACCAAUAAGGCCUAUUGUUUUCAGCAUAUGAGAUAAAUGAAGAUGUUUCUUUCAUUUCUUUGCAAUGCUGGCUUGAAGAGACUGGCUCAGCUCAAAGGAUGAGUCUGUUUUUCAGAGAUAGCUGAGGAAGGAAAAAGUGAAAUUUGUGACUUCUGUUCGCUACAUAGUACUAUACUGUUUCUUAAUUACAACACACACACACACACCAAUUUAGGGAUGAACAGAAGCUUUUGAUGUCUGAAAGAAAGACACAUAAAAGAAGAUAUUAUGUACCUGUUGGGACCCAUGACUUAAAUGAAAGGGACUUUUUCAGAGCUUUUUAAAAUCAUACUUCAUAAAAACUUUAUUACAGUUUUGCAGGCUGUGGCCACUGCCAGUGUGUUAGAAGAUCAGUGACAGUCACAGUGCCAAAAAUCUCAAUGAAGGUCACUUUUUUAGUGAAAUCAAUGAUGUAACUAUCAUAUGAGAGUAGCGAUUGAGGGUUUGGAUGUGGAAAGUCCAGCUUUAAAUCCUUGUUGAGUUAUAAAGAUCAGUACACUAUCUCAUAGCCUAACAACUACAUAAUUGUUGUGAAACUAAAAUGCAACUCUGAGCCCUUUGAACAAAGGGCAAGAUACAAAUAUGACAAACAAGAUAUUGACAACAGCAUGAGCAACAGUGGUUUCCACCGAAGAAAUCAAUGUACCGCUUCAUAUAAUGAAAUGAAAUGCUGUGCAAUAUAUGAAGGAAAAAAAUAAUCCGCAUAUAAAUCUAGCAUACCAUAGAGAAAGCUAGGCUAGAAUACAAAUAUUUUUGAAAGAAAGGCCAUGUGAACUCUGACUGGCAAUUUAAAAUGGUACAACAUAAACACAGAGUUACCACUCCUCUACCCACCCCCUUCCUUGGCAAAAAAGGGCAUGUAAUGGAGGCAACACCUUCUCUUGCACAGUUCCUAUCAAAGCUGUCACCAUCCAUUAUAGUUAUUAGACAUUUUUUAACUUUACAUAAGGUGGGUGGAGGCAGGUUCAUCUUAUUUACAGAUGAAGUCAUAAGAAUCCAGUGUUCCAAGCAAGUCAUUUCUUGUAUCACUUUCUAGAUUGGACCUUUCUUUUAUCUCUAAAUAUGCCUUGACCUCCACAUCAAUUUACACCCCACCUUCCAUUUAUAACUUUCUGAAUUCCAUAUCAUCUAAUUGAUUAUCUAACUCUAUAUCAGUGAUAAAUAAUGGACAAUUCAUCACUGCCUUACAUCUAGGGUGUAACCAGUAUGGAGAUGCUGAAAAGGAAUUGUUACUCCAUAAUAUAUGUCAUUUAUUCAAUAUAAAUGUAUCCAGUUUUGUUCCAACCAAUAAAAUACACUCAGCGGGUAAGGGAAUUUGUGUUUUUAAAAAAAUAAAUCAGCCCAUGAAGAUAAUUAAAAUGAUGUUACAAUAAAGAAAAUGAAGACUGACAGUUGCAUUGGUAUUUAAGGAUCCAGCCAUCCUCCCAGGAACCCUCCUCCAUCCUAAGGAGCCUUCCUCCAACUUAAGGAUCUUUUCCACCAACAUAACAGCAAUUUAAGUUUGAAGAAGUGUCCUUAAUCUGAAGGAUGGCUUCGGACUUUGCUCAUUAAAGUAAGAGAAUAGGGUUAGGAUCUACCCCAGUGCUGGAGUAGCUGUAGUCCUUCCUCUUAUUUGACCCACACCUUUUUUGCUUUAGAGAAUAUGGAUGUAGUCCAUAUUGACUGAUGCUGCUAUUUCACUUACUGUCAGACAAGGUCAAACAGAUCAUGUGGUAACUACCCAUACCAUUAUGCAAAAGUUGCUUUUUGUGGAAUCCUAUGGGAAAUGGCAAUAUUACAAUACUUAUGCUACCACCAGCAAUUCUUUUGGAGAACAGUAAAGAUUCUAUAUUGCAAAGUGUUUAUGAACAUUAAGAACAUACAGUCUUAAAUAGUAUGUUUUUUUAUAUAAAAUAAUAAUAAUUAUCCCGAGAAAAUCCUGGGAGAGGACCUAGGAAUUUUCUGCACCCUCAUCGUAUUGUUAUUUGUUUGGGGGAGGCCAUGGCAGUUGAACUAGUGUAAAUCAAAUAUAAAUGUGCAAGUAUAUCAUAUAGAGUAUAGAAAAAAUAGUUUUAGAAUGUAUAUGUUUAGUAUCUAAUGAACAAUUUCUCUUUUAGAGUCAUUUUCAACCUUUCAUGAAUUAUUUGUUAACCAAAGGCUAAGAAAUGUAGAUUCAGAUACUUCCCAUUAAAGUAAGCACUUCAAAUAGAGAGAGUGUCAUAUGAUUUCAUAAUUCCAUGGGUUUGGAAACAAAGUACAAGUAACAUUUACUUUGCCUUAAACAGAGACAGUAGAUUUAUUAACUGCUGCAAGUCUUGCCAAGCACAUUAGAGUCCCAGCCAAAGGUGAAUCUCUUACCAGUUCUAACCAACAGGUUAUAAUGAAGACAUGAAUGUUUGUAUCAGAUCACUGUUUAAAUGUAAAGGCAUUUUUGAGAUUGUUCUUUUAAUAUGCUUGAAAAAUGGAAUGGUCUUUUUUAAUAUACUGGUAGGAUUGUAUAGAUUUUUAUUGUAGUAUACUUUUUCAUAUGUAUAGCUCUCUAUAUAAAAGACUUUUCUGUAUUUAAAUAGUUAUACAAUUGCAAGCAAAAUCAUGGUGUCAAAAAUAUGUCAAUAUACUCAGCAGUUUUUUUAACAUGUGCAGUACAACCCAAGCCUAUGCAUGUUUACUCAGAAGUAAGUCACAUUGAUUUCAAUUAACUCCCUCCCUGGUAAGUAUACAUAGGAUUGCAGCCUUAAUGAGUUUUUCCUUGGAGCUGGCUGCUUAUAUGUCAGCUUUUUUGUUGUUGGGGAAUGAAUAAUGUCAGCUUCUUCCUUCAUCUCUAGUGUUUUAAUUUUUUCACAAUACAAAAUGAUGUGGGAUAUUUUCUACUGCACUAAAUAAAUAAAUAUUUGAAAUCAAUGACCACCGUGGAGGUGCCACUGAAUUCUAAA